GCAGCGGCAGUGGCGGCGGUAGCGGCGGCUGGAGCCUCUGAUUGGGUUUCGGGGUCCGGUACUGGAGCCAAUCAGCGCGGGCAGCGAACCGGGGGAGCGAGACCCGGAGUGCAGCUCGUGGUCUUUUAGCCUCCUCAGAGCCAAGCUCCCCGUGGGUGGCGGUCUAACAUGGAGCAGUACACAACAAACAGCAACAGCUCCACGGAGCAGAUCGUCGUGCAGGCUGGACAGAUUCAGCAGCAGCAGCAGGGUGGUGUCACUGCUGUCCAGUUGCAGACUGAGGCCCAGGUGGCAUCCGCCUCAGGCCAGCAAGUUCAGACCCUCCAGGUAGUCCAGGGGCAGCCAUUAAUGGUGCAAGUCAGUGGAGGACAGUUAAUCACAUCAACUGGCCAACCCAUCAUGGUCCAGGCUGUUCCUGGUGGGCAAGGUCAAACCAUCAUGCAAGUACCUGUGUCCGGGACACAGGGUUUACAACAGAUACAGUUGGUCCCGCCAGGGCAGAUCCAGAUCCAGGGGGGCCAAGCUGUGCAGGUGCAGGGCCAGCAGGGCCAGACCCAGCAGAUCAUCAUCCAACAGCCUCAGACCGCUGUCACUGCUGGCCAAACUCAGACACAGCAGCAGAUUGCUGUCCAGGGUCAGCAAGUGGCACAGACUGCUGAAGGGCAGACCAUCGUCUAUCAGCCAGUGAAUGCAGACGGCACCAUUCUUCAGCAAGUUACAGUCCCUGUUUCAGGCAUGAUCACCAUCCCAGCGGCCAGCCUGGCAGGAGCCCAGAUUGUUCAGACAGGAGCCAACACCAACACAACCAGUAGCGGGCAAGGGACUGUCACUGUAACACUGCCAGUGGCGGGCAACGUCGUCAAUUCGGGAGGGAUGGUCAUGAUGGUGCCCGGAGCUGGAUCUGUGCCCGCCAUCCAACGAAUCCCUCUCCCUGGAGCAGAGAUGCUGGAGGAAGAGCCUCUCUAUGUGAACGCCAAACAGUACCACCGAAUUCUUAAGAGACGGCAAGCCAGGGCUAAACUCGAGGCAGAAGGGAAAAUUCCAAAGGAAAGGAGGAAAUACCUGCAUGAGUCUCGGCACCGCCAUGCUAUGGCCCGGAAGCGUGGUGAAGGUGGGCGGUUUUUCUCUCCAAAGGAAAAAGAUAGCCCUCAUAUGCAGGAUCCUAACCAGGCAGAUGAAGAAGCAAUGACACAGAUCAUCCGAGUGUCCUAACCUUUGGUCACAUGAAGAAGCUUAUCAAGGCCAUGUUCCUUGCCACUGAUCCAGGAAAUUGGUCAACUCUUCAGAGAGUUGAGGGCACUCAUGAUCAUAUUCUGUCCUGUUCGGCAGGGCAGAAACCACUUCGCUUUUAAUAAGUGGCUCAGUAUUAUACUUGCCGCUUUGUCUGGCAAAUUGAAGUUGAAAGCCUUUGUCUCACCCUUCAGUCAGGACUGGUUUCAGGCUGUUGAUGACAUUGACAUUUCAUGGAUUUCGAUGAUGCAAGGGAUCCCUGCCAGCUCAGCAGCACCAAAUACAGCACUUACCGUGACUGACAAAGCCAGCCAGCUAUCUCAGCAGAGGAGAACAGCUUUGUUAACCUAACUGCAGCCGGGAGGCCACAGCCAUACUCCUCCCCAACCCCCACAGGACCCUGACUAGAACACAUCCCUCCCUCUGGUGGUGAUUUCCAUCUGACAGAAUGGACAGAACUGGCUUCCAAGCUAGGAAGUUCCAUCCUUUGAUAUGAAAAUAAAUUCUCUGAGGUACCUUCAUCUACUCUGUGGUAAUAAUAAGAAUCUCCGUCUCCCCAAAUGGCAGAUUGGUGGUUUUGGACACAAGCCAAGAAAAGAGUUUUAAGCACUUAAAAACGCCAUCGUGGAAUCUCUUUCACUUUGACAAGUUGUGUCCUGCUGAGAGGCCCUCUGGAUCAUAUUUCUACACUACAGCAACUCUCAGACCUAUUUAGAGGGUAUUGGACGGACCUUGACGUGGGAAACAAAAUGAGGACGCAGUUGCUAUGCUGGAGUGCUUGAGGACAUGUGUAGUAGUUUCCCCACAACAGAACUAGAGAUUUCCGAUCCUGGGUGUGGGCAUAGCAUUUGGGAAGUAGAAGGGCUGGUGUGUAUUCCGCCUCUGAGAAAGAAAGUCGUCUGUCUGUCUACUCGUGCAUGUGUUGUCACAUAGCAUGCUGCGCCAGGUCUUCCAGCCAGUGUCCAGGGUGAGUCAUUCAGAUGAAGAGAACCGUUUUCAUUCACACCGAGCGUCAGCAUGGGAAGGGUGCGGUCUGAAACGCAGUCCUUGACAGUCUCUGCAGAGCCCUGUUCCGGCAAGCUGGCCCGGUGCUCAAGGUGGAUCUUGGCUUCAGUCCAGCCCGUGCUGAGCAGGCCCCCAAGAGCAAACUGUUGUCUCAUUCUUCCCAUAGUGCUGAGUCUCCCACGUCCCUUUUCCCUUCUCUCCACAGCCCUGGUGCAGAAAGGUGUCCACACUGCUGCCUCUGCACUAGGAGCAACACCUAGACGGGAGACAGAAAUGCCUGGCGGGUCAAGAAUGGAGCCACAGUUCCAGGAGUGGGUUGUGACUCCGCAACCUAGCUCUUUAAAAGGGUGACCCCUGGGCGGAUGGAGAUGAGCCUCCAGAAGAGCUCCCGACUGCUCUAGAAGCAAGGAAACGCUGUUGUUUUUAACUUCACUCUAACUGUAUUGAGAGGGAAAGGAGUGAGCGCCCCAAAGGAGAUGUCACAAAGGAGAGGAUCGUAAUGGUACAAAUAGAGAUGACAGAGCUAUGCAAAGGAAUAGGAAGGGGGGAACUCUUCCUAGUCCCUGGAAUCUAGUCAUUUGUCCUGGCUUCCUACAUGUCAGGAGGGCUGACCCUUUGGUAGACUCCACUAGAAACUUGUGACUCUAAACAUAGGUUGCAAAUAUUACCUUUAUUCAGUAUCCACACACACAUACCCCUAUUUGUUGAUUUGAUGCUCUAUUUCUAAGAACAAUGAGGAAUUAACAUUCCUUCAUUAGUUAGGAAUCUUUAAAAUGCAGGGUUUUCAGAAAGAAAUUCCUCAGAUGUAAUCUCUAGUGCUUAAACCAAGAACCAUUCAAAAAUGCUAUUUAUUUGUUUCUGUAAGUUUGUACAUAAUAUCAACCUCAUUUUUUUUUCAACCUCAUAUUCUUAAAUUUUGAUUUUUAUUUUUUUGCAUGGGGAGGGAAAUGGGUGAUUGAGUUUGUUUAGGUUUUGGGUUUGUUUUUUUUUUAAUCUAAAUUGUUAUUCCAUCACUGCAUUUCUGAGAACGUGUGACCCUUUAUUGUGGUCAUUUUAGCCUACAGCUUGGGUGAGGAGGUAUGAAGUUUGGGGUUUUUUCUUUUGUUAUUAGAAGUUUUUACAUCGUUGUCCUCGUGACCCUAGUGAUUACUACUUGAACACAGAGUGGAUGGUUAAAUGAAUAAUUGGUGUAAUGCAUAGUAUUUCACCUCCUUAGUGCGCUCUUUUCCGGAUACUUGUCGAUGUUGAGCUUUUUCAUUGUACUGGUACAUUGAACACAUCAGUGUCUGUACCACUGGACCAACAGCAUCUUCUCGCUCUCGGGUGCCUGAUAAUAAUGUCUUGAUUUAUUUUUGAGACUCAACUCUACAGAAGGCUUUUCCCCCAGGAGUAGGGGCAGUACAGGUGAUCAAUCAUUGAUGUCAUUGCAAUUGUUAUUUUUUAAAAUAAAUUUAUCAAACUACUGAAAA